UUGCCACCUCCUGUUUUCAUUGGACGGCAUGAUAGCAGUUCGGUCAGUUGGAGAAGUAGCAAAGCUUCGGACGGUGUGGUUCAUCAUAAGCAAUAAUGAAAUUCGUUAGGUUUAUAAUGAAAAACGCCUCCUUGGCCAGUGUGCCCAAACACAUCGAACAUUUUUCUAAAUUUUCUCCUUCUCCGCUCUCCAUGAAGCAAUUCCUCGAUUUCGGUUCCAUCAAUGCCUGUGAGAAGACCUCCUUUGUCUUUUUGAGGCAGGAGCUGCCUGUGAGACUCUCAAACAUUAUGAAAGAAAUUAACUUGUUACCCGACAAACUGCUCACAACCCCAUCUGUGAAAAUGGUGCAGAGCUGGUACAUCCAGAGUUUGAUGGAGAUCCUAGAAUUCCUGGACAAGAAUCCUGAUGACUACAAAGUCCUGGGAGAAUUUGUCGAUGCCUUAGUUACCAUCAGAAACAGGCACAAUGAUGUCGUGCCGACUAUGGCCCAAGGAAUCAUAGAAUACAAAGAGGCUUUCCCCCAGGACCCGGUAACCAACCAGAACAUCCAGUACUUUUUGGACCGUUUCUACAUGAGCCGCAUUUCUAUCCGCAUGUUAAUCAACCAGCACACUCUUAUUUUCGACGGUACUGCCAACCCUGUCCACCCAAACACCAUUGGGAGCAUUGACCCUCACUGUCAAGUGGGAGAUGUAGUCCAGGAUGCCUUCCACAGUGCCAAGAUGCUGUGUGAUCAGUACUAUCUCCGCUCCCCUGAUCUGACACUACAGGAGAUGAGCAACAAGAAGAACCUUCCAAUCAGCAUCGUGUACGUGCCCUCCCACCUGUAUCACAUGCUGUUCGAGCUCUUUAAGAAUGCCAUGAGGGCCACCAUUGAGACCCACGAGAACAGCAACGACCUCCCGCCCAUUCAGGUCCGGGUGUCUCUUGGAGGCGAGGACUUGUCGAUCAAGGUGAGCGACAGGGGUGGUGGCGUCCCCUUCCGAAGGAUCGAGAACCUUUUCAGCUACAUGUACUCCACCGCUCCUGCUCCACAGAUAGGCGAGCACACACGGCCUCCGCUGGCUGGCUUCGGCUACGGUCUGCCCAUCUCUCGUCUCUAUGCUAAGUACUUCCAGGGGGACCUGCAGCUCUACUCCAUGGAGGGCCACGGCACUGACGCUGUCAUCUACUUGAAGGCGCUGUCCACAGACUCCAUCGAGAGGCUGCCGGUGUACAACAAAACUGCUCUGAAGAACUACAAAGUGAGCCAAGAGGCUGACGACUGGUGUAUACCCAGCAAAGAGCCCCUCGAUCUGAGCAACUUUAAGGUGGCCAAGUGAAAAUGUCCUCCAGGACUGGUGCUUCGCGCCCUACGUACUGUGACUCCUUCAGCAUUUCUGUGUUCAUAUUGUCAUGUCCUCAUCUGUCCAGGCAGAUGUGGACGCCUUUCACAUGAGGGUCAUCUGCAGACUGAAGCAAAGGUUCUUCUCAUAUUUCAGCCUGGUUUUAGCAGUAGCAUGUGGUGUCCAGUCCCUGUUGUCCUUUUGGGUUCUUCAUACAGACAGUACUUGUCGCAAAUACCUCUGAGACGGCAACAGGAAGCGUAAGUGAACACAAGCAGGUGGAGACAGGGUGCAGCACCCAGCAUGUUGUGGGUGUGAUGUUGUGUCUAAAAAGAAAAUGUGAGGAUGUGAGUGGACUGCUGCAAAGCAACAGAAAGGUUACCACAGCAGGUGUAUGGGGAGGGGAACAAUUCAGAGGACCAGGUCGCAUCUGGUGUAGGGAAUGUCACCCAGGCCUUACAGUAGCAACUUCACCCAAAGGCUCAUGUCACGGAAGUACUUGAACUAUUUAAAAUAAUACUUAUGUUGCACCUUGUUAAGCUGUAAGUACUGUAGUACUGAUCUGAACAAAUGUAUGACUUUUGUGCCGAGUGGUGUUGUGCAUGGAUAUCCGUUUGAGCUCUUGACUUUUGAGCCGCUCGGCGUUCGCUCUGACUGAUAAGAUACAGAGAUAUCUUAACAUGGGUUUUCUGGACCAGGCUGGUCGUCCUCCACUCUUUCCUGUGCAUUCAUAUUGAUAGAAACUGCAACAGUGCGGGGCCCAAGUUCUUUGUGAUGUUUUCCAGCCAGCCAGCAGAGCAUCAGCCACGCUUCUUUGGAGGUUUAAUGCUUUUAGCUCAGUGAGUUCAGUGGAGACUGGGGUUGUUAAACCCCAAAGGCAGCCCAUGUCACGUUUGAAUUCUCCAGCAGUCUGUGUGAUCCAUUAAGGCUCAGAUGUUACACUGUGCCAUACUAGGAAAAGAUGCCCUGGGUCCAUAUGUGUUGAAAAACACAGUUUUCUUUUGUAAUAUUAAAUUUAUCUUCAUCAUAGGGUAAUAUGAAAGGCUAUUUUUAUAGCUACACUUUUUGAGACUGAAGCUAAUGUACAUACUGUAAAUACAAUCUAAAUAAUAAAAAAGAUCAACUUCAGCACAA